UGUUUUGAAACAGCGCUACGUAGUUUUACUAGCAGAGGCUGGGGUCGUUGUCCUUAUCUGCGAGGAAAAAAACAAGGCGACCUGCAAGUUAAAGCUUGCAUUGGUUUCUCGAUAAUUUUAUUAAACUUAUUGUUGUAUCAUUUUACUCCAGUUAUUAGCUUUAAACUCUAAACAUUGUUUUGUACGGGCUAACUGUAGCAUAGCUUUUCCCGUGUUGUCAUCGAGCCGAGCGCUGCUAGCCACUUAGCUACUAAUUUAGCUAACAAUUGUAUUUGCAAUGAGGGGGGGUUCCUCGUAUGGAGACAGGGAUAGAGACAGAGAUCGUGGACGUGACAGGCCACGGUUUGGAGGGGGCAUGGGCGGCCGUGGUGGACCCCCGCCCAUGAAGUUUGGAAAUCCUGGUGAGCGACUCCGCAAAAAGAGGUGGAACCUCGACGAGCUGCCGAAAUUCGAGAAAAAUUUCUACACCGAACACCCAGAAGUACAGCGCAUGAGUCAAUUCGAUGUGGAGGAGUUCCGUAGGAAGAAGGAGAUCACCAUCAGAGGCUCUGGUUGUCCAAAACCUGUGACGGCUUUUCACCAUGCUCAGUUUCCUCAGUAUGUUAUAGAUGUGCUGGUGCAGCAGAACUUCAAGGAGCCCACAGCAAUCCAAUCCCAAGGUUUUCCUGUGGCCUUGAGUGGGAAGGACAUGGUGGGAAUUGCACAGACUGGUUCUGGAAAGACACUGGCUUAUCUCCUUCCUGCUAUUGUACAUAUUAACCAUCAGCCCUAUCUGGAGAGAGGGGAUGGACCCAUAUGCCUGGUCCUUGCUCCAACCAGAGAGCUGGCCCAGCAGGUUCAGCAGGUUGCCUACGAUUAUGGCAAGACCUCCCGGAUCAAGAGCACCUGCGUUUAUGGUGGAGCACCCAAGGGACCACAGAUUCGAGACCUUGAGAGAGGCGUUGAGAUCUGCAUCGCCACUCCCGGUCGCCUCAUUGACUUCCUGGAGGCGGGGAAGACCAACCUGCGUCGCUGCACCUAUUUGGUGUUGGAUGAGGCCGACCGCAUGUUGGAUAUGGGCUUUGAGCCGCAGAUUCGCAAGAUUGUUGAACAGAUCAGACCCGACAGACAGACCCUGAUGUGGAGUGCGACAUGGCCAAAAGAAGUUCGACAGCUUGCAGAGGACUUCUUACGGGAAUACAUCCAGAUUAAUAUCGGCGCUCUGGAGCUCAGUGCCAACCACAACAUUCUUCAGAUAGUGGACGUCUGCAUGGAGAAUGAAAAGGACAACAAACUUAUUCAGCUGAUGGAGGAGAUCAUGGCUGAGAAGGAGAACAAAACCAUCCUCUUUGUGGAGACCAAAAAACGAUGUGAUGAUCUCACACGGAGGAUGAGGCGUGACGGGUGGCCAGCCAUGUGUAUCCAUGGAGACAAGAGCCAGCCAGAGCGAGACUGGGUACUCACUGAGUUCAGGAGCGGCAAGGCCCCCAUCCUGAUUGCAACUGAUGUUGCCUCUCGGGGUCUGGAUGUGGAAGAUGUAAAAUUCGUCAUCAACUAUGACUAUCCCAGCUCCUCUGAGGAUUAUGUCCACCGUAUUGGCCGUACGGCCCGCAGUACCAAUAAGGGCACAGCCUACACCUUCUUCACCCCAGGAAACCUGCGACAGGCCAGAGACCUGGUCCGGGUUCUGGAGGAAGCCCGGCAGGCCAUAAAUCCAAAACUGCUUCAACUCGUGGACUCGGGCCGUGGAGGUGGAGGCGGUGGCAGAAUGCGUUACCGUGGCGGCAGCUCCAACAACCCUAACCUAAUGUACCAAGACGAGUGUGAUCGGCGCAUGCGCUCUGGUGGAGGCGGCAAAGAUAGCCGCGGGGGCUUUAACCGCGAUGGCCGCAACAACCGCGACGACGACCAAUCCUCAGCAUCCUCCUACAGAGACAGAAACAGAGAUCACAGGAACAACUACAACUCCGGCUCCGAUCAGUACCAGAACUACAACAACAACGGUGGGGGCUACAACUCUCGUGGCGGAGGAGGCCUGCCCGGCGGCGGUCAGGAUAUACCCAACCAGCCACAGGGCCAGUUCGUCCAGGGCCCUCCGCCUCCAUCGGGGGCCCCACAGCCACUGAUGGCGCAGCAGUUUCCACAGCCGCCACUCAUGGGCUUUAUGGGGCAGCCGCCAUACCCUCCUUUUCCCUCUGCUCCCCCUCCUCCCCCUGGCCAGCAACCCCCUCGAAAAUAGUUAAAGUGGACGUACCGAGGGAACUUGUUCAACCAUGUGUUUGUAUCUCUGUUUUUACUGUUGUGUAAGCAGUGUUAUUGUAUAUCCAAGGAGGUUAGGGCUUUUAUGUUUAAAAUUUGAAGUAGCCAGUGAAAAGCAACCAGGUAUUGUGGUGGAGGAAUAAGGUUUUUUUUUUCCCCAUUUCUAGCCAAACUUGGUUAAUCCAGUAAAGCUUAGAUUAGAAGAAAGGAACUGAUUUAAUGCAGUUCGAGGAUGCAGUCACAUUCCGAACACCUCCUUGAUCUUUGCUUUUAUGUCCUCAUCACUUAUUUCAGUAACGACCUUUAACUAUUGCAUUAGUUAGAUACAUGCAUGCUUUAUUUUCCCUUUGUGUAGACUCAGAAGUCAAGUAGCGUUU